CGUAAAAUUUUUUGGCAAAAUUUUACUGAGUCGACACGUCGUAUUGAUCAUGACCGACUAAAACAAAAAAAAAAUCAAACAAAAAAAAUAGAAAAGAUUCUUCUUGUUCGACUAUUAAAGUAGACAUAAAUAAGAUUUGUUUCGCUGUGAUAUAAUAAUUCGGGAAAAAUUUUAUAAUAAAAGCUUAGUACAACAAUUUCCCAAUAGAAAUUUAUUGAAACAGAAUUCUAAAAGGACCGUAAGAAAUUGUUUGUCAACUGAUCUCAUCGUCAUGAAUAAGCGUACAUUGCAUUGGAGCUAUUUAAAUAUCAAGGACAUUCCUAUGGAUUUGUACUUGUAUGAAGAUCUCGAAGAGCUUUAUCUUAAGGAGAAUUAUAUAGCUGCCAUUCCGAAAUGGUUUUUAAACUUGACUACUUUAAAAUUUAUACAUUUAGCCGGCAAUAAUCUUACUAAACUUCCCGAAGAGAUCUACUUAUUGGAAAAUCUGGAAUUCUUGGAUUUAUCACAAAACCAAUUAACUACACUGCCAGAAACACUUUGCCUGCUAACAAAUUUGGAACAUUUAAAUGUGAGCACAAACGAAUUGGAAAUGCUGCCGAAUGAUAUAAAUUCAUUGAGACGCUUAGAAACUUUAAACAUAUCCAAAAAUCACCUCAAACGUUUACCUCUGCACCUUUGCGAAUUAUCCAGGUUGAGUAAUUUGAAUGUCAGCGAUAAUGUGGAUAUUUGGCAUAUACCGGAACGUAUCGCUUAUAUGCCCUCAUUACAAAUGUUUUCCGCCGAGCGUUGUUCACUGAUCUAUUUACCGGUGGCUUUAGCGAAAUUCAUCGGAUAUUUAAGAAUAUUUAAUAACGGCGCUGUUACUCACAUACCAGUAAUCUACGAAAAAUUCUAUCAGAGUUUUUAUGAGACAAUAGCGAAAGUAACAAACAUAGUAAUGAGUCAUGAGAAUUUAUUUUGGGUGCUGGAAAAGGAGACUAAUACCAAGCUAUUACUUCCUAUAGGAACGCGGCGUGUAUUUCGUGUACCGUCUAAAGAGAAUCAAGUCUCACUCUAUGACGACUGCUUGAAAUCGUUGGAAUAUUUGAAUCGCUUAACGCCCAUAUACAAUAAUCCCGCUCUCAAUUAUAUUCUGCCUGAAAAAUUUAUGGUAGAUCAUAUUAGAAACGGUCCAAUAGCUCGUUGCACCUUUUUACAAUGUUCAAAUCCUCUCUUCACAAGUUAUUAUUUUAUGGUGGUUAAAAGGCGUGGCAGUACAUCUCGCCGAUUAUUUACUUGUUACUUUUGUACGCAAUACUGUGCAAAUGAAUGGCUUUGUGAUAAUCAUAAAAAAUAUUAUACAAUCGACUGGCAAUUGUACGAUAACUGAAACUGUAGCGAAGACUAAGUUCUUUGAUUUUUUUUUAUUUUAUCAAAAACAAUUUGAAGUAAAGUAUAUGGCAUCAAUUUUGUGAUAUUAAUGUUCAUAAUAACGUCACUCAACGGCAAAUUAAUAUGAA